AUGGUCGCAGCAGCAAACCCAACUCAAUCACCGUAUUCGACAUCAAUUAAUCGAGUACGAAAUCUAGAAGAUCGAAAAUUGUUUGUCGGAAUGUUAAAUAAGCAGAUGACAGAAGAAAAUGUUCGCGCCAUCUUUGAACCAUAUGGAACCAUAGAAGAAUGUACAAUUUUACGUGGACCCAGCGGUGAUAGUAAAGGGUGCGCAUUUGUUAAAUUCUCUAGUCAUAAUGAAGCUCAACAAGCCAUACAAAACGUUCAUGGCAGUCAAACCUUUCCAGGUGCAUCAUCAUCAAUUGUUGUUAAGUUUGCUGAUACAGAGAAAGAACGACAAUUAAGACGCAUGCAACAACUAGCAGGACCACUUGGGCUUUUAUCGAACCCAUUAGUACUACAACAGAUUGCAGCAAACUUAAAUUAUCAAGGAUAUACACAAAUGCAACAGCAAACUUUACUGGCAUCAUCUACCGGUAGUCAUCCUGCGACAUACACAACUAUACCAGUCUUAGCUACAUCUGGCCAACCUAUGAGUAAUGGAACAAUGACGCCAUCAACAGGCGAUUGUGACAAUAUGGAUUUUCCGAAUUGUUCGUUAGUUAACGCAUCUCCUGUUAACAAUGGUCCACCAACAAUUUAUCAAACUACAGUAACGGGUCCAAAUGGUCAACCAACUGAUUUGUUCUCAUCGGGCAUGCCAUACUCAACCGUCGUUGGCCCAGCCAUUGAUACAGCUACGGGCAUUCAAUUACAGCCCGCAACAGCUUAUACGACAUUACCUGCUCAGUAUCCGAUCUAUGCGCCAACGGCCAUCUAUUCGCAUUUACCAGCGACAACGCUGAUUCCAGGCACGUUAGCUUCGCCAAAUAAAGAAGCUUUACCACAGUUCUUUGGUCCUGAGGGUUGCAAUCUUUUCAUCUACCAUCUACCACAAGAAUUCGGUGAUUCCGAACUCGCAUCAAUGUUCAUGCCUUUCGGCAACGUCAUAUCGGCAAAGGUCUAUGUCGACCGCGCCACGAAUCAAUCGAAAUGCUUCGGUUUUGUCUCUUACGAUAAUCCACAAUGUGCACAACAAGCCAUACAAUCGAUGAAUGGAUUUCAAAUCGGUAUGAAACGCUUGAAAGUUCAACUGAAACGACCCAAAGACUUAGCCAAACCGUAUUAA